AUGCAAACAGGUAAAAAUAAAAUGAAUGAUUUUCUAAUUCCAAGUGGUUCUACUGAAGCAGAUGAACAAUAUGAUAAAUUAAUUUCAGAAAGCUCUUCAAAAAAGUAUAAUGGAGUAAGUAAAUCUGACUAUGAUGAUGCACCAUCAAUAAAGAAAACAGUUGAACUUUCUGAAAGUAUUACUAAAAAUGUUGAACGAUGUAAAAGACCUAGAGGAUUAACCAAUUUAGGAAAUACAUGCUUUUACAAUUCAGUUUUGCAAUGUCUAGCACAAACUCCAUUUAUAAGAAAGUUGUUAUUUGACAUAAGUGAAUAUGGUAAACCAAUGACCAUAAAAUUAGAUAAUGAAGAUAUUACUGUUCAUCAAGAAAAAUGGAGUUCAUUAACUGAAAACCUGUACACCACUCUACAAGAAAUAACAAAUGAACGAGAUUCAACAUUUACACCUAGCGCACUUCUCGAAUCAUUAAGGAAGAAAUGCAAAAUGUUUAUUGGCUACAGUCAACAUGAUUCUCAUGAACUUUUACGGCAUCUUUUAGACUCUGUUCGCGAUGAUGACUUGCAGCGUUAUCAAAGGACACUUAUACAUCAUUAUGGUUUAUCAAUGAGAGUUGAAACUAGUGAAUUGGAUGAAAAAAAAACUGCAAUAAUUAAAGAACUUGGCAAAAAAUUGCAAGAUAAUGUUGUCUUACGUCCUGAUCAUGUAUUCAAAGGAGAACUUAUGAGUAUCAUUCAAUGUCAAACUUGUGGCUAUAAAUCAGAGGUAACAGAAAGUUUCCUGGACUUAAGUUUACCAAUCACAGUUGAUGAGACCUAUCCAUUAUUGUUCCCACAUAAAAAAGAUUAUGAUGUUUUUAGUCAAUCUAAGCAUCAAACAAAAGAAGAAUGUAAAUUAGCAUUAGAACAAGGAAAGAAAAAGAAACAUGAGCACAAACAAUUUAACAAUAAAAUGCAAGAUACAUUAGCUGUAAAUAAUGAUGCGGAUACAGAAGACAAUAUCGAAAUUGAAAUAAGUGAAGUAGAAAUUGCUGCUUGGAAGAAUGGAAACAAAGAAAAUUCAGAAUCUGGAUAUGGUUCAGAAAAGCAACCAUCUAAUAAUACAAGUCCUUCUCUAAGUAUAACAGAAUUUACAACAUUUAUGAACAACAUUCCACUAUCUGAUCCUGACAGACAAAAGGAUGCUGAUCAAAUUUUUCAUUCUGAAAUACCCAUGGAUUUGUAUUCUGUACCAUCUUCUAGUCCUUCUAAUAGCCCUAGUUCACCUCAAUUGUUUUUCCUUGAAUCCAUAAGUGGCAAUGUCAGUCCAGACUACAUGGAUGCGGGGACAGAUAGUGCAAAUGAAAAUCCGGAGUGGAACAGUCCUACACAAAAUGUUUGUAAUAAUCGCAGUUAUGGACUAUUUGAAGAUACAAAAAGUGAUGAAGAUGUAGAGGAUGAUGAAGAAGAUGAAUUUUCUCAACUAUGUCCACAAGCAACAUUGCAAUCUCAACCAAAAUGUAAGGAUAGCGAGUGCUCAGUGUUGACAUGUCUUAAUCAAUUUACUGCCUCUGAAAUAAUGAGUGACGAUAAUACGAUUGCAUGUAAAAGGUGCACUGAACAACACAAAAAAACAAACGUAGAGAAAAAAAUUAAUUUCCAAAGUACCAUACAAAUGUUAAUUAGUUCUCCUCCAGCUAUUUUAAUAUUGCAUCUAAAACGGUUUCAAAUGUGUAAUUCAACUACACGUAAAAUGACAACAAAUGUAUCAUUUCAAUGGAUUUUGGAUAUUGCUCCUUACUGCUCUGUUAAAUGUCAAGACAAGUUAAGCCCUGGUCAAAACCGAAUAUUGUACUCUCUUUAUGGUGUAGUGGAACAUAAUGGAUUUUUGCAUAGUGGUCAUUAUCUUUCAUACGUAAAAGUCAGAGAUUCAGUUAAAGAUGAUAGCUACCGAUAUUCAUUUUUAGAAGGCAGUAAAACCAAACCACCUAAAGUUAUUGACGGCAAUGAUGAUCCUUCACAUUUAGCUCCGAGUGGUACCUGGUAUUGUGUAAGUGAUAGUAUGGUUAAACAAGUAACACCAAAAGUUGUUCAAAGCUGUCAAGCCUACUUAUUGUUUUAUGAACGAAUUUUAUAA